GAUCAAACCGUUUAAAUAAACGAAACGGAAGAGAGAAUUCAACCCCGCAGUAAUCUCCUCCUCUCAGCAGAAGAAAGUCGUCUCUCCGCUUCAGCUUCCAGGUUUAAGGUUUCUAUUCAAGAUGAUCGAAGUUGUGUUAAACGAUCGGUUGGGGAAGAAGGUCCGGGUGAAGUGCAACGAAGAUGACACCAUCGGUGAUCUGAAGAAGCUCGUUGCGGCUCAGACGGGUACUCGGGCCGAGAAGAUCCGGAUUCAGAAAUGGUACACAAUCUACAAGGACCACAUCACUCUCAAGGACUACGAGAUACACGAUGGCAUGGGCCUCGAGCUCUACUACAGCUGAUUUCGUAAGCUUCCUUGGUAAAUGCAGUAUGGGAAGAAUUUGAAGAGAAGAUGCCGGCGGUUGCUGUUCCAUUCACGUAAUGUCUGUAAUCUCUUGUAAGAGAUGCAAAUACAUAUUGUACUAAUAAAAAAAACAUGAAAUGCUUUGAGCAGGUUGAACAUGCUUUGUAUGUGUGUUGAUAGUUUUUGGAGUAACAAAGUUAUGAUGGAUUUGCCAUUAUGGUAUAUUUUAUCAAAUGGAUCUGGUUAUGGUGCUCUUGAA